AACAAAGACUUUGGUAUUAAUGCUUCUUCCUACUUACACUGCUCCAAGCGUACAAAACAGAUUUAGGCAAGCUACCACUUCCCCACUACUUUCACUACUCUCUCUUCAAAAAUGGGUUCCUCAGAAUUCUCUCUCUUCCAACAAUCACCAAAACGAUCCGCUUUCCACAAAGCCCCUUCCCUAAUAGCAGAUGGCUUUCUCUUCGUCGGCGGUGCAUCAUUGGCUCUCUCUGUGGUCUGGGCUUUCCUCACCUUCAUCAACCCCACCACCAUAAGCUUCGACAGCAUCCUCGCCUGGAACGCGGGUCCAUGCGGACCCGACUUGAGCUCCGACCCGCCGGAGCCCACAUUCUACGACGACGAAAAUCUCAGCUACGCGUUUGGGGAGCCAGUGAAGGAUUGGGACUCGAAGCGCAGAGAGUGGCUGAAGCUGCACCCUUCAUUCGCCGCCGGAGCCGAGGCGGAUAACAGGGUUCUUCUGGUAACUGGGUCCCAGCCCACCGUGUGCAAAAACCCAGUUGGUGACCACUUACAGCUGAGGUUCUUCAAGAACAAAGUUGAUUACUGUAGGAUUCAUGGGCAUGACAUAUUUUACAACAGUGUUUUGUUGGAUCCCAAGGGUACUGGAUUUUGGGCCAAAUACCCGCUAUUGAGAGCGGCUAUGUUGGCUCAUCCCGAGUCCGAGUGGAUCUGGUGGGUCGACUCAGACGCGGUUCUCACCGACAUGGAGUUCAAGCUUCCGUUGGAGAGGUACAAAGACCAUAACUUGGUCGUGCAUGGGUGGUGGAACAUGGUGUAUGAGCAGAAGAGCUGGACGAGCCUCAACGCUGGGGUUUUGUUGAUAAGAAACUGUCAGUGGUCAUUAAGCUUGCUGGAUAAGUGGGCCAGCAUGGGUCCACAGGGUCCGAAUCCUGAAAAAUGGGGGAAGAUCCAAAAGUCCCUGAUCAAGGACAAGGCGUAUCCGGGCUCUGACGAUCAGUCGGCUCUGGUUUAUCUCCUGAUCAAGGAGAAGUCGAGAUGGGCGGCUAAGAUUUACUUAGAGAGCGAGUACUACUUGCAUGGAUACUGGCUGGGGAUAGUGGACGGGCUUGAUGGGAUAAGCAAGGGGUACAUGGAGAUUGACAGGGAGGUGGAUUUGCUGAGGAGGAGGCAUGCUGAGAAGGUCAGCUUGUUUUAUGGUCAAAUGAGAGAGAAGUACAUGAGAGAGAGAGGGAUUUGGAGAGAGAAUAAGAGGAGGCCAUUUGUGACACAUUUCACAGGGUGUGAGCCGUGCAGUGGAGAGCACAAUGGAAUGUACACUUGGGAGGCUUGUUGGAAUGGGAUGCAAAAAGCUUUGAAUUUUGCAGAUAAUCAAGUGCUUAGGAGAUUUGGGUUUGUUCAUCCAGACCUACUCAAUUCAUCUUUGGUUUCUCCCUUGCCAUUUGAUUUCCCAGAUGCUUGAGUUUAUUGGUUUUCAUUUGUUUACUUAGUUUGUAAUUUUGCGGUUUGUGCUUUUGGUUUUUAAUAGAAUGAGUAAAUAUGUAAGAAGAGAGCCUCUUUGUGGAGGACUUACCUACACCGGCGGUAUGCCAGACAUCGCGCUUUUGGUCUAAGGCAUGGCCCGGGAUGUAGGAAAGUCUCUUUCCUCUUUGUGUGUCUGAUUGCAUGCUCUCCUGAAUUAUGUUGAAAAGUUGGAUUUUGAGCACAGUUUUAGAAUAAACAGAAAACUCUUGAAAUUCAUUAUAUAAUAUUUCUCUUCUUU